AUGGAUGCAGAAUUACAGGCUAUCAGAGAUGCCCGUCUCGCACAGUUGAAAGGAGGUAAUGGGAGCAACAGUGCUAAUGGUAACGUCUCCAAUGGUAACAACAAUACAAAUAGUGGCAAUGCCAAUAUCGGUUCUUCAAUGGCUCCUUUCUUAGAGGCAGGUGCCUUGGAGAGGUUGUCUAGAGUGGCUCUAGUGAGACCAGACCGUGCCACUGCUGUUGAACAAUAUGUGAAACAGUUGGUCUCAACGGGUCAACUGACACAUAAGAUCAAUGAACAAGAGAUUGUACAGAUUCUAAAUGGUGUGGCUAGAGAACAAAACAAGCAAACAGAGACCAAGAUCAUCUUCGACCGGAAGGACAAAGGGAUGGCCAUGCAAGCUGCCACCACCAACAACAAGAACGAACAGUACGAUUCUGAGGAUGACUUUUUCGACGAAUAA